CUCUCGAUGGCUUCGACCACUACCUGCACCAGGUUCACCGACGAGUACCAGCUCUUCGAGGAGCUCGGGAAGGGAGCUUUCUCAGUGGUGAGAAGAUGCAUGAAAAUUACCACAGGACAAGAGUAUGCUGCCAAAAUUAUCAACACCAAAAAGCUCUCUGCUAGGGAUCACCAAAAGUUGGAAAGGGAAGCCAGAAUUUGUCGCCUUUUGAAGCACCCUAAUAUUGUGCGGCUUCAUGACAGCAUAUCGGAAGAAGGAUUCCAUUACUUAGUCUUUGACUUAGUCACUGGAGGGGAACUGUUUGAAGACAUAGUCGCAAGAGAAUAUUACAGUGAAGCAGAUGCCAGUCAUUGUAUACAGCAGAUUCUAGAAAGUGUUAAUCAUUGUCAUCUAAAUGGCAUAGUUCACAGAGACCUGAAGCCUGAGAACUUGCUUUUAGCUAGCAAAUCCAAGGGAGCAGCAGUAAAAUUGGCAGACUUUGGAUUGGCUAUAGAAGUUCAAGGAGAACAACAAGCUUGGUUUGGUUUUGCUGGUACACCAGGCUAUCUUUCACCAGAGGUGUUACGAAAAGAUCCCUAUGGGAAACCAGUAGAUAUGUGGGCAUGUGGUGUCAUUCUUUAUAUUCUCCUGGUGGGAUAUCCUCCUUUCUGGGAUGAAGACCAGCAUAGACUGUACCAGCAGAUCAAAGCUGGUGCAUAUGACUUUCCCUCCCCAGAGUGGGAUACAGUGACUCCAGAAGCCAAAGACCUUAUCAACAAAAUGCUCACUAUCAACCCUGCCAAACGUAUCACAGCAUCAGAGGCACUGAAGCAUCCUUGGAUCUGUCAACGUUCUACUGUUGCCUCAAUGAUGCACAGACAGGAGACUGUAGAUUGCUUGAAGAAAUUCAACGCAAGAAGAAAAUUAAAGGGAGCCAUUUUGACAACCAUGCUGGCUACCAGAAAUUUUUCAGCAGCAAAGAGCUUACUGAAGAAACCUGAUGGAGUCAAGAAAAGGAAGUCAAGUUCGAGUGUUCAGAUGAUGAUAAACAACAAAACCAACGUAGUAACCAGCCCCAAAGAAAAUAUUCCUACCCCAGCGCUGGAGCCCCAAACUACAGUAAUCCACAACCCUGAUGGAAAUAAGGAAUCCACAGAAAGUUCCAAUACAACCAUAGAAGAUGAAGAUGUAAAAGCACGCAAACAGGAGAUUAUCAAGGUUACUGAGCAGUUGAUUGAAGCCAUCAACAAUGGGGACUUUGAAGCUUACACAAAGAUCUGUGAUCCAGGACUUACAUCUUUUGAACCAGAAGCUCUGGGUAAUCUAGUGGAAGGAAUGGACUUUCACCGGUUUUACUUUGAAAAUGCUUUGUCUAAGAGUAAUAAGCCAAUCCACACUAUUAUCCUCAAUCCUCAUGUCCAUCUCGUGGGUGAUGAUGCUGCCUGUAUUGCAUACAUACGGCUGACACAGUAUAUGGAUGGAAGUGGAAUGCCAAAGACUAUGCAAUCAGAGGAGACCCGGGUCUGGCACCGUCGUGAUGGAAAAUGGCAGAAUGUGCAUUUUCAUCGUUCAGGGUCACCAACAGUACCUAUCAAUUAAAAAUCAACGGUGCCACUCUUGCGUUCUCCAUGCUCAGUGCACCUGGUUGGUUACCAUCUGGGCCAUCCUGUUCUCCUCUUCAUGCAUGUUUCUGAGAGCAUGAAGUUGUGAAGGUUCUACAUGUAACACAUUUUGCAAUGCAUCAUUUGGUUGUAUAUUCCAUCCGUCCAUUGUUAACUCUUCAAUGAAGGAAAUGUUUCAUGCAAAUUGAAAUGACAAAGCAAAAAAAAAAAACAUUCACAGUACAGUAGUAGGUUCAGCAACGUUAGUCAUUUUUAUCUAUGUAUGCCAAGUAUUGACAAACAUCUUUAAAAUUACAAUGUUUGCAAAAAGCAUAUCCCCCCCCCCCACACACACACACACACACACACUUUAAGAACUUUUUUUUGCUCCUCUCCGUCUCCCUCUCCCUUCCCCCUAUGGGAUUUGCAUUGGUUAUAGUAGAAAAAGAUGUAAUUUCCACUGACAGCUGUGUUACUGUAAAACAGUUUUAUUGCAGUAUUUAGCUGGACAAAAUCACUGGUGAAUGUGGAAGGAGGAAUAUGUUGGCGUUAUACCAGUUGAAGCCAUCUUAGUUAUUACUCAACUGUGUAAACUGGAAAAAUUGCAUCAUUUGCUGGCUUGAUCACUUUUGAAUUAAUUUUCACUGUUCUGGCUAGUCAGCUUCAUUUUUUUCUUGAAUCUUUACCUUUGCUUUCUUGCUAUGGUAACUGAAAAUUUAUAUCGGAUGAAUGAAGAGCUAAAUUAAAAUUUGUGGGGAACUGAGCGGUGAAUGGGAAAUAGUUUUUGAUGAUUACAAGAAAGGGUAAAAUAAAAUAGAUUUUUAUCACUUUUAGGGUGUACAGUAAAUUUAUUAAGGAGGCUUUAGAGAAUUUUUUAUUUUGUUUAUGCUGUAGUCCAGAUGUGUGGUUAAUAUACUCUACAAAUAUUAGGCCUUAAAAGCUUAGUAUGAAGAGUUUGUUUACUUGAUUAUAGCUGCUUCUUCUCUGGAAGGCUAUUAUGAAUACACCAAUUUUUAAUACCGUAACACUUUACCACAGUAGGAUUUUCUUGGGGGGGGUAGUUCCAUUUGCUCUUGGCUUAUUAAAUUGUUACACAAUGUGGAAUAUUAGGGGCAACAACUCCUGCAGCAUUACUAACAGUUUAAUUUCUAUCCUUCUGCUGCAAACACCUGUACAGUAAGCAGGGAACACUCUCAAUAUCCAUUUAGAACAGUUAUUUUGUGACCUGGACUGUCUUCGCUUCUCUCGCAUACCUGUGAAAAUACAUAUAUUCCUGCAAGUAUUUAGAUUUCUUUCCCCCCCAUUUUUAAUAGAAUAAAUACAGGGAUUGCCCAGUUUCUUUUUGGUUCUUCAUUGUUUUAUUACCAAUGGGGCUAACUGUUUUUUGCAGCGCUGUAUAGUGCAUGAUAUCUCAAUCAAUGUUCUUUUUAGCAAUUACAAUGUACUACUCAGCAGCCUGAUGUUUUUAAAAUGGGAAAGCUUCCUAAUUUGUAUAAUUUCACUUUUCUGUGUUGAUUCCUAAUCAAAAGCAGUUCUUAAACACUUUGAUGUUGUUACUAGUGGAUGUACGGUAAAUGGAUUUAAGCUUCUCUGGUAACUAUUACCUGAUUUAAAACAAUAUAUAUUUAAAAUAAGCAUCUACAGUAAAUGUGUUGAGCCAUAUUAACCUGCCAAUGGGAUCUGUGAAAAAGUCAUGGCCUCAUUUUUAUCUCUUAUUAAUUUCUUUACUUUUUUUUGUGAAGCGGCUAUAAGUGGCAUAAAUGUAUUUAAAAUUAUCAAAUUAGGUGUAGGGUGUUUUUUUAUACUUCUACCAUAGCAUGUGGUGUUGAUGUAUUACUGUAGAUCAAGUUUGUCUUCCACACCAAGAUGUGAGGAAAUUGUGACUCGUUCUCUCCACCACAACUGAAUUAUACACUUACCUUCUGUCAUUUUGGAACACUGCAGUUUACCAUGAGACACAGUGUACAUAGUUCUUGCCAUAAUGGUAAAUGACUGAUAUAUUUAAGAAUUAAUAAAUUUGUGAUUUCUGCUGACAUUGCGCUUGUGUUUUCCUUUCACAGUAAGCUGGAUACUGCAAAGCCCUAAAAAAAAAAUAAAAAAAUCACAGGAAAAUAUGAAGUUUCUAUUUCUGGCUAUGAAUUGAAUUGAUACAAGCUAAAGUAUUUUUACAGAUCAAAAUUGGGGAAUACAGAUCAUAGCUUUUCUGAUCUGUCUAGUUUUGCACAAUUUUUUGUC